CUCCUGUAGCCAUUUUGAACGGAGCCCCGCUCCGGUGUGUUUUUAUCUCUUUACUGUUUGAGUUUUUCUGUGUUUAAUAAGGAAAAGCUGCAGAGAGAGAGAGACAUGGAGGAGAGUCCAUCUGAGAGCCGACCAGCGCACUCCAAACCCUCAGAGAGUCUAAAGGAGAAGGAGAAAGAUGGGGGGAGCAGUGAGAACACAGCGACGUCCAGCUUCACCAAACCAUAUACAGGUCAUGCUGCUAAGUCCGCUCCUCCCUCGUCUCCGUCUGCAUCCUCCGGUCGAGCGAAGAUGAGUGUAUGUGGGCCGGGCAGUAAAAACCCCUCCUCCUCCUCCUCCUCUUCCUCUCUUUCUUCAUCCUCCUCUUCCUCAGCCCCGCCCCCUAAGGUCCACCGCGCCCGCAAGACCAUGAACAGACCCCCCAUCACACAGGUUCGCUCUGUUGAAUCGUCUGCUGCGUCUCCGGUGAAGCCAGCGACGGGAAGCCCUGUGGAGCCGGACUCAGUGAAGAGGCUGAAGGUGUCGACGGACUCUGACUCCACAGCGCCCUCUAUAAAAAGCCCAGUAAAAGCACCAGAGCCCACAGUGAAGGAGGUGAACCCUGCAGUCUCUGUGGCAUCACCAGUGGUGGAGAAGGCGGAGCCUGUCGCUGAGGCAACCAAAGAGCACCAUGGUGGUUGGUUGGAGGACCUGGAUGAUGAAGCAGAUGAGGAAGACUUCCACCUGAUGUACAACAGCUACGCAGGAGACGACGUCAUCUACUCCGACAGCAAGUCUGAUGAUGGAAUGAUGGAGGGACCUCUGGAGGUUCGAGUGGGAGGAGACAUGACUCACCUGUCUGAUCAGUACGCUGCGUCUGAGCUGCGGCCCAGCGCAGGUCUGAAGCAGCAUCAGCAGCAGGAGGAAGAGCGAGAAGCUCCAGCAGCUGCAGAGACGGCUGCUCCAGCAGGGGGCUCCACUGAUUACACUGAGGUUCCUCUGGGUUCGUUGGAUAUCUCGGCUGCAGACAGCCUCACUCUCUCCCCUCAUGCAGACGGCAGUGAUAGAGAGAUGGAGCGGAUGGAGGAGUUGCCGUUGUGUAGCUGUAGGAUGGAGGCGCCACGUGUAGAACGGCUAACUGCACACACACACCGUACCUGCAUGGCCAUCGAGAGCAUCAACGGACAGCUGGUGGGUUGUACUAAUCAGAUAGUGAAGGGGGAGACGAUGCGUCCCUCCAGUCGUGUGUCUCUGAUGGUGCUGUGUGAAACUCAUCGCUCUCACAUGGUGAAACACCACUGCUGCCCGGGCUGUGGAUACUUCUGUCUGUCGGGAACGUUUCUGGAGUGUUGUCCGGACAUUCGUAUCGCUCACCGCUUCCACCGCGGCUGUGUGUCGGUGCUGAGUGGGGGGCGGAGCCGGGGAGGUGUGGGCGGCGGCCUGCUGUUCUGCCCGCACUGCGGAGAGGACGCUUCCGAGGCCCAGGAGGUCACCAUCCCCCCGGCAACACCGUCACCGGGGGCGACGGUAGUCACAGCAACCGCCUCCUCCACUACCGCCACACCCUCACUGCUCCCGUCCGCGCUCUCCGUGGCAACCACAGCGCUUAGCAACGAGAAGAGGACUGGUGAGCCAAUCAGUGCUCGAAUGCACUGGAGAGGUGAGGCCAGAAAAGGGGUGGAGCUACAGUUACAGCCUACCACUGCUUCAGCUGCUGCUACUGCUGCUGGAGGGGGCGGGAUCGAGGACGUGGUUGCCCAGGGCGAUGAGGGCGUGGACAGUGUUGGCCCCUCCCUCGUUCUGCCCAAUGGAAAACCAGUCUGCCCAAGUGCAAUUCCUCCAGGAGACAGGAGGGCGGCGCUACAGAGAGCCAUUCUAACCCAGGAUACAGAGAGGAGGAAGAAGCUGAGGUUCCACCCCCGUCAGCUUUACCCAGCAGCCAAACAGGGGGAGGUCCAGAAAGUUCUGCUCAUGCUCAUGGAAGGUAUAGAUCCAGCCUAUCAGCCGGAUUCUCAGAAUCGUCGUUCUGCUCUUCACGCUGCAGCUCAGCGCGGCCUGAUGGACGUCUGCUACCUGCUCAUACAGGCAGGCGCUAAGUUGGACGCCCAGGAUAAAACCCUGAGGACCCCUCUGCUGGAGGCUAUCGUCAACAACCAGGUGGAGGUGACCCGGUUCCUCAUGCAGAGCGGAGCCUGUGUUUACCAUGUAGAGGAGGACGGCUCUACUGGUCUUCAUCACGCUGCUAAACUGGGGAAUCUGGAGGUGGUCAUGCUGCUGCUGAACACCGGGCAGGUGGAUAUAAACGCUCAGGAUAGUGGUGGAUGGACUCCUAUAAUCUGGGCAGCUGAACACAGACACAUUGAUAUCGUCAGAGCUCUACUGAACCGAGGGGCCGACGUCACGCUCAAAGACAAGGAGAUGAACGUGUGUCUGCACUGGGCGUCGUUUGCAGGCAGUGCUGAGAUAGCUGAGCUGAUACUGAACGCUGGCUGCCCACUCUCCAGUGUGAAUCAGCACGGAGACACGCCCCUCCACAUCUCCGCCCGCGAGGGGUACACCGAGUGUGUGACGCUGUUUCUCUCUCGUGGAGCGGAUAUUGACGUCAUGAACAGGGAAGGAGACACGCCCCUUUCUCUGGCGCGCUCUGAUUCGCCGGUUUGGGUAGCGCUGCAGAUCAAUAGGAAAUUACGCAGAGGAAUAGCCAAUCGGAUCAUCCGGACAGAGAGAAUCAUCUGCAGUGAUGUAGCUCAGGGGUAUGAGAACGUUCCUAUCCCGUGUGUGAACGGGGUGGAUGAUGAAGGCUGUCCGUCAGAUUAUAAAUACAUCGCCGAGAACUGCGAGACCUCCGCCAUGAACAUCGACCGUAACAUCACACACCUACAGCACUGUAGCUGCACAGAUGACUGCUCCUCCAGUAACUGUCUGUGUGGGCAGCUCAGCAUCCGCUGCUGGUACGACAAGGACCAGCGCUUGCUGCAGGAGUUUAAUAAGAUCGAGCCGCCGCUGAUCUUCGAGUGUAACCUGGCGUGUUCCUGUUAUAAGUCCUGUAAGAACAGGGUGGUGCAGGCUGGCAUGAAAGUGCGUCUGCAGCUGUAUCGCACUGAGAAGAUGGGCUGGGGGGUCCGAGCCCUGCAGGAUAUUCCACAGGGCAGCUUCAUCUGCGAGUAUGUUGGGGAGCUGAUCUCUGAUGCGGAAGCAGACGUUAGAGAAGAUGAUUCGUAUCUGUUUGAUCUGGAUAAUAAGGAUGGCGAGGUGUACUGUAUUGAUGCUCGUUACUAUGGUAACAUCAGUCGUUUCAUUAAUCACCUGUGUGACCCGAACAUCAUACCUGUGCGAGUAUUUAUGCUGCAUCAGGACCUGAGAUUCCCCCGCAUCGCCUUCUUCAGCUCCCGGGACAUCCUGACAGGACAAGAGCUAGGGUUUGAUUAUGGAGAUCGGUUCUGGGAUAUUAAGAGUAAGUACUUCACGUGUCAGUGCGGAUCUGAGAAGUGUAAACACUCGGCGGAGGCCAUCGCCCUGGAGCAGAGCCGACUCGCCCGUGUGGAGGCGUGUCCUGAGUCCGGGAGCGACCCGGCGCUGAGCAUGCUGGGAAACUCCUAAACCCUGCUGUGUGUAUGACUUCUGGAGAGGACCUGACGGAAGCAGGGUACUGACCAAUCACGGACCAAACGCUGAACAAUCACUAACCAAGACCUACAGUUCCUCCAACAACAGUUCAAGUUCCAGCCAAACCAGUGCAGAAUCAGAUUCACACAGUUCUACCCUGUUAACCCCACAUGCAGUCGAUCAGCUGUGAUUUGUUCAGGGUCUGAAGCUCACUUCUUCAAGAGCUACGGGGCUAAUGUGGCUAACAAGUAAUAAUACCUCAUGUACACUAAUUAGCAUGCCACUAACUGCAUGUCUUAAUCCCCCCAUGCUCUCCUGUAACCAUCUGAACUGUUCCCUCAGCAGGUAAAAGAGGUCUAAUAAAAGCUUAUAAGCUUUUACCUACGUUAGCAUUGUAACUUCAGUGCUAAUAAGUUAGCGUAAAAGUAUUGCUCUUUUUUUAACUACAUUAGCUUUACAAUUCCAGUGCUGAUUUAUAUGGUGUUGAUUGCAUGUUAGCUACAUUAGCUUUGCAGUGUAAAGAAGUUAAAGUUGGCAUAUGAACUACAUUUCUCACAUUUCUUUACUGCUGAUUAGUGAGGAAACAAAGUAUUUUAUUGCAUUUUAUCUACGUUAGCAUUGUAGCUCUAAAGCUAAUUAGUAGGGUAUCAGCUUUCAUUACAAUUAGCCUCAUGUGUUCAGUGCUAAGUAGUGGGAUAUAAGCCUGUAUAACUUGUUUACUACAUUAGCUUCAUAGCUUCUGUGCUAAUUAAUGGGAUAUCUUUGCUAAUUAGUGGGAUAUGAACUUUUAUAGCUUUCUAGCUGCAUUAGCUUCACAGCUUAUGUGUUAAUUAGUGGAAUAUAUGCUUUAGAUGCUUUAUAUCUACAGUAAUGUCAUAGGUUCUAUGCUAAUUGGUGGGUUAUGUGCUUUUAUAGCUUGUUAGCUACAUUAGCCUCAUAGCUUAUGUGCUAAUUAGUUGGAUAUAAGCCUUUAAAGCUUGUUAGCUAUAUAAGCCUCAUAGCUUUUGUGCUAAUUAGUGGAAUAUGAGCUUUUAUAGCUUGGUAGCUGCAUUAGCCCCAUAGCUUCUGUGCUAAUCAGUUGGAUAUAAGCUAUUAAAGCUUGUUAGCUAUAUAAGCCUCAUAGCUUCUGUGCUUGUUUGCAGGAUAUGAGCUUUUAAAGCUUGUUAGCUACAUUAGCCUCUUUGCUCCAGUGCUAUUUAUUGGAAUAUGAGCUUUUAAAGCUUGUUAGCUACAUUAGCCUCAUAGCUUUUGUGCUAAGUAGUGGGAUAUGAGCUUUUAUAGCUUGUUAGCUACAUUAGCCUCUUUGCUCCAGUGCUAUUUAUUGGAAUAUGAGCUUUUAAAGCUUGUUAGCUUCAUUAACCUCAAAGCUUCUGUGCUAAUCAGCGGGAUAUGAGCUUUUAAAGCUUGCUAGCUACAUUAGCCUCCUUGCUCCAGUGCUAAUUAUUGGAAUUUGAGGCUGUAUAGCUUGUUAGCUACAUUAGCCUAAUAGCUUCUGUGCUACUUAGUGGGAUAUGAGCUUUAAUUCCUUUAUAUCUACAUUAGCCUCAUAUCUUCUGUGCUAAUUUGUGGAGUAUAGCUUGUUAGCUUGUAUAGCUUGUUAGCUUGUAAGCUACAUUAGUCUCAUAGCUUUUGUGCUAAUCAGCGGGAUAUGAGCUUUUAAAGCUUGCUAGCUACAUUAGCCUCCUUGCUCCAGUGCUAAUUAUUGGAAUUUGAGGCUGUAUAGCUUGUUAGCUACUUUAUCAUCAUAUCUUCUGUGCUAAUCAGUGGGGAUAUGAGCUUUUAUAGCUUGUUAGCUACAUUAGCCUCGUGGCUCGAGUGUAAAACGAGGAGUCAGGUCUCAGGCGCUGGAUGUUUCUCAGCAGUCAGACUGUGUUUGGGGUUAAAGGGCUGAACUGUGACUCAGAUCUGAAUCUACAGGGUUUAUCAGAGUUAAUCAGAAGCACGGUGAUGCUGAUCCAAGUCCAGAUUCAUGUCUCCAGUUGUGAAGGACGUUUUAGAUGUUUUGGACAAGUCGGAUGUGUUUGACCUUCAGACUGACCUCUGUGGGCAGCUUUAUGGAAAGGUGCUGUUUAUUUUUCUCAUGUGAGUCACUGUUUAAACAGUGGUGCUGCUGCCUUUGAUUAAGUGAGUUCUGAAGAAGUGUGAAAGAACAGGAACACACACACACACACACACACAAAUGCAAAGUGAAACAAGACCCUAAUCAUACAUUUGUAUCAUACAUUUGGAAAGGCUGUGUUCAGACUGCAGGCAAAAUCAUAUUAUAAUUGCAUUUGAAAGCAUCUCUAAAUGUGAUUACUAAAAUAAAUCUGGAUUUUAUUUCUAGAUACACCAAAAAAAAUCAGAUUUGGAGUGGCAGUGUGAACAUAGAACAGCCUCAUGGUUCUUUAGGGCAUGCAUACAAAUUAAGACUAUAAGACUUGCAUAGACUAUGUUCACAUUACACAGGCUGAAGUGACUUAGGGUGUUUUUACACCAGCACUAUUUGUUCCAGGUAAAAUACAAACUGGUUUGUUUGCAUUCUUGGUGUGGUUCGUUUGAGCAGGUGAGAACAUGAUCCUGUCUCGAUCUGACCCGACCGUCAAAUAUACUCCUUUUAUUUAAGCUAAUUGGAUGUUCAGGUGCAGUUUACCCUGAUUUAUUACCAGAUAAUUACUGGAGUUGAGUUGUGUUUACACUGAAUGCUCUUUGUGUAGAGUUCAGUACAUGAACAUCCCAUUAAAAAUACUGUAUUUUAAAAGGGUAGCAGCAAAAUUGUUGCUGUGUUGGAACACAAAGAGACUUCUUCCUGUAUUUACCUUUCAGAGAGCUCUGACCAAUCAGAGAAGACAAUGCAUUUGGUUGUGUUAUUUGGGCUGCUUUUCUUGGACACAAAACUGAUGAAUUUAAGUUUAAGUUGAACAGAAUUAGACAUGUCGAAUUGAGUUUGUUUUUGCCGUUCACACUGCCACACAAACGACACACCCGUGUCAGAUAUGGCCAAAAAGAUCAGAUUUUGGCCACUUUUUUCUAUUAAAGUGACUUAAGUUUGAUUAAUAAAUAUCAGAUGUUAUAUAUCCACACAGCCCUGAAAACAUCAGAUCAUGCAUACUGUUACAGUGACAGAUUCACUUACAUUUAUGAAUGUAAACCUUCAAAAAUGGUCAAAUCUGAUCUAAACUGAUUAAUAAGGCGUGUAAUGUGAACAUAGAACACUGCCUGUGUGUCAAACGGAUCAGUGCUCCCUAUCUAGUGCCCUCAGUAGGGUGUAAACGGUUGCAGCUCGUUCCCUGUGUUACGUUUUCAUGUUCUUCUCAGUUCUGAACUGAAGUUCUGUGGGUUGGACGAGUUUAAUACGUGUGACUGAAUGUUUUUCAUCAUCGUUAUUAUUAUUAGUUUUAAUAAAUAUUAUUUGAUACAAAA